UUUGUUUAACAGGACUAGAAUAAUGAAGUCCCUGGCAGUAUUAUGUGUUCUGGGCUUAGCAAUGGUCGUGGCUGAUGAAGAAAAAUACACAGACAAAUACGACAAUACUGAUAUACAACAAAUUAUGUCUAAUAAGCGCCUGAUGGUCUCUUACAUUAACUGCGUGAUUGACAAAGGUCCGUGUACUCCAGAUGGGCUUCAGUUGAAAGUGAACUUAAAAGACGCUAUACAGAACUUAUGUAAGAAGUGUACGGAAAAACAAAAGGAGAUGGCCAAAGCUGUUGGCAGCCACGUGUAUAGAGAAUAUCCCGAUUAUUUCGUGCAAGUAAAAGAAUUGUACGAUCCCGAAGGGAAAUAUAUGGCUGAUUGGAAGAAGGAAAUAGGAGUUGCUUAA